CCAACAACUGUCGUGAUGGUUUAAUGGCGAGAUCAAGUACGGAAGCACUGGAUGAUUCGAUACCUGAAAUUUUGUAUCAAUGCAUAUCUAUUACAGACAAUAAUUGCAAAAGGGAUGACUUCGUGAAAUGCCCACUAUGUCACCACUUGGGGAAAAUCUUUUAUUGCGUUGAUUGUGUGAGAAAUGGGGAUUUCACGCACUCCAAAAAAAAGUGUUUCGAGAGAUUUGCCGACAAGAAACCUAGAAAAUUUAAAAUUGAUGCAGAAAGAGCUUCAAUUUUGAAAAAGUAUGAACAUGCAUUUUCUAAAAGAAAAAAGAUAGAAAAUGCGAAACUGGAUAUUUACAAAUGUAAAGAAAAAAUACAGCUCUUGAAAGAAAGCAUUAAAUCCUAUAAAGAUGAGAUUCAUAAAGGGCAGAGAAGGAUACGUAAACUGGAGGAAGAAAAUGCUGCCCUGGUCGCCAAUCGCUCCCAGUAUGGGGAGAAGUUAACUCGUAUGAGAGAAGUACGAAAGAUGAGAGAUGAAGAAUUGGAACAGGGAGAGAGAAAACUUGGUGCUGAGAUAAAAAGCUUACAAAUGGUUGUAAAUCAUAGAAUCAAGGAGUUGGUCGUACACAUAUUUCCUAUUACCAAAGUUGCUCCGUCUUACUUCAAAGAUAGCACUAGUGGCCAGUGUGCUGAACUUGAAGAAGCUCAGAAAACAACUUAUGUUCAAGGUCAAUGGGUGAUUGCUGGCAGUCCUCCAGAUGAAAUGGAAUAUGCAGUAGUGGAGCCACGCAUUCCUGUCAAUGGUGACUACUCGGCAUAUAUCAAUUUUUGUUCAUCACGAUUUGCAGGAGUCUCUCGUGAUGAAUUGGACCAGGUGGGGAAGUAUCGAUUUGAUGUAGCCUAUGGCAUCAGUGCUGCUCUUGCAUACACUGCUCAAUUGGUGGGAAUCCUUGCAUUUUACAUGGACUCCCAUGUGCCAAAACGGACAAGCUACAGUGAUUUUUGUCACCAAGAAAAAAACCCAAAGGAAAAGUUUUUGCAUCGGGUUGCUAAGUUGAAUGCUAAUGUGAUUAACUUGUGCCUAUCUCAACAAGUUGAUGCGUCAAACAUAAAUGUGCAUCGAACCAUUUCAAAUCUUCUACUUCUGCUGGAAAAUGACUCUAAUAAGCCAAAAAGCCUAAUGUCUUCUGAAGUACAUGAAGAUUUGAUGGAGUCCAUUGAAGAGUCUCUGAAUAAGGACCUCUUGAGCUUAGAUGAAAGUGACAGUGAUGAUGUCGAGGCUGACUAUGUCCAUGUCUCAGAAGAAGAAGAAUUCCUCUCAAUACCUGAACAAACACCAUACGAGCCUGUUCAGCAGGUGCAGCCAUCUUCCCUUGUAUCAUCAGUAUAUUCUCUUUGGAGAGCAGCUACGAGACAGAAGUAAGAAGUCAAACCUAUCUGUGAUUCUUUGAAAAACUGGCUAUAAUGUUACUUAGAUCUGUUGCAAGCAAAGCUUUUAAAACUCCUGUUGCAAAAUGUAAAUAUUUUAAUUACCUUUUGUAAAAAGAACAUGUUUUUAUGAGCAUUUC